AUGAAUAGCUGUAAACAAAAAAAGAGCUCUUAUUUUUCUUUUAUACCGAACGAAAUUUUAUGUAUUAAAAAUUUCUGGAAUAAGUUAGUGCAUCCUUCUAAGAAAGAAUUUUUAACCUCGAUAAGAUUACAAGCAACAGCGAUAGGAUUAGUUGGAAUUGUAGGAUAUGUAAUUAAAUUAAUACAUAUUCCUAUUAACAAUAUUUUAGUAAAUAAACCCAAUUAA